AUGGGAUAUGCAGGUGGAUUAGUUGGACAUAAUGGAACACGUUUUGAUGAAUCAGAUUCCAUUAUCGGAGAAGGCGCAAAUCAAACUUCAGGAGGAAAAGGACAAUUCAAUGGAGAAUUUGGCAUUGGAGCAAAUUGUUCACCUGGAACAUCAACAGAUAUGGCUGGUGCAGGGGGCGCUGGAUGGUAUGACGGUGGAUCUGGAUAUCAUUGGGAUGAGGAUAGCUCAGGGGGCGGAGGAAGCUCAUAUAUUUCUGGUUUCAAAGGUUGUGAAAGCAUUUCAUAUGAUUGGAGAUUUGAAAAUACAAUAAUGCUUAAUGGAAGCCAACAAUUUACAGAACCAGAUGGAGCUAUGAGUAGAUUUGGUCAUAAAGGAAGUGGUUUUUGCAUCAUCACUUGUAUUGCAGAUUUUAUUUCAUGUGAGAAUCUUUGUUUUUAUCAAAAUAACAUUAUCAUACAAAUAACUUUUGUUUUUACAUUGACGAAGUAG